AUCCUCCUCCUCCUUCCUUCCGGCCAGGAAGGGCGAGGACCAGGAGCCGCCGACCGAGGGACCGAGUGAGAGCCCUGGGCCGCCUGCCUGCCUGCCUUGGUUCCUGGGCGCCAUGUCUUCUGCCUGCGAGGAGAGCGCGGACGGGGCGGGCGUGGCUGCCCGGCCCCACUAUGGCUCGGUUCUGGACAACGAGCGGAUGACGGCGGAGGAGAUGGACGAGCGGCGGCGGCAGAACGUGGCCUACGAGUACCUCUGCCACCUGGAGGAGGCCAAGCGGUGGAUGGAGGCCUGCCUUAAUGAAGAACUGCCACCCACAACGGAGCUGGAAGAGGGCCUCAGGAACGGAGUCUAUCUGGCCAAACUGGGCAACUUUUUCUCCCCCAAAGUUGUGUCUCUCAAGAAAAUCUAUGACCGGGAGCAGACCAGAUAUAAGGCCACAGGCCUCCAUUUCCGGCACACCGACAACGUGGUCCAGUGGCUGAAUGCAAUGGCAGAAAUAGGCCUGCCUAAGAUAUUUUACCCAGAAACAACAGACAUCUAUGACCGGAAGAAUAUGCCACGCUGCAUCUACUGCAUCCAUGCGCUCAGCCUAUACCUGUUCAAGCUGGGCUUGGCUCCUCAGAUUCAGGACCUGUAUGGCAAAGUGGAUUUCACAGAGGAAGAGAUCAGUAACAUGCGAAGUGAGCUGGACAAGUAUGGGAUUCAGAUGCCCGCCUUUGGCAAGAUUGGUGGGAUUCUGGCCAACGAGCUCUCGGUGGAUGAAGCAGCAUUGCAUGCGGCCGUCAUUGCCAUAAAUGACGCCAUCGACCACCAGGUCCCAGCUGAGACCUUGGCUGCAAUGAGGAACCCCAAUGCCAUGCUGGUCAACCUUGAAGAGCCCCUGGCACAAGUUUACCAGGAGACCCUCUACCAGGCAAAGCAGGACAAGACGGAGAACGCACGGAACAAGAUUGCUGCUGAGGAUGUGGACAGAGAAAGGGAUGUGUAUGAAGAGCUGCUGACACAAGCGGAGAUCCAAGGCAACAUCAACAAAGUCAACACACAUUCGGCUUUGUCGAAGAUUGACUUGGCUCUGGACCAGGGAGAUGCUGCUGCUUUGUACCAGGCACUGUCCUCUGUGUCCCUGGGCCUCCGGGGGCUCCAGUCUGAAAACAGUGAUUGGUACCUCAAGCAGCUCCUGAGAGAGAAGGAGCAAAAGCAGGAGGCGGACAGAGCAGGGCCGCUGCAGAAGGAGGAAGUGCAGGCCGGGGUGGACAUGGCCAACAGUGCUGCCCAGCAGUACCGGCAGAGGCUGGGAGCUGUGGGACGGAUCAACGUGGCCAUCCGCAAUGGCCUUUCCGAGAAGACGGUGGUGGAGCUGAUGAACCCAGAGGCGCAGCUGCCCCCUGUCUACCCCUUUGCCGCCGACUUGUACCAGCGGGAACUGUCCACCCUCCAGCAGCAGAGCCCAGACGGUAACCUCACCCACCCAGAACUGUCAGUUGCUGUGGAGAUGCUCUCCUCUGUGGCCCUAAUCAACCGAGCCCUGGACUCUGGGGACCUCAACAUGAUCUGGAAGCAGCUGAGCAGCCCAGUCACAGGCCUGACCAAUGUCGAGGAUGAAAACUCCCAGAGAUACAUCGACGACUUGCUGCGGCUGAAAGCUCAGGCACAGGCUGAAGGGAUGGAGUUCAUCACAUGGAAUGAUAUCCAGUCGUGUGUUGACAGGGUGAAUGCUGUGGUACAUGAGGAACAUGAGAGGAUUUUAGCGAUAGGGCACAUCAAUGAGGCUUUGGACGAAGGAGAUGCUAAAAAGACUCUACAGGCUCUCCAGAUUCCUGCAGCAAAACUGGAGGGAGUGACACCCAGAGUAGCACAGCACUACCAAGAUGUGCUUCUCCGCGCAAAGAGGGAGAAAGCACAGGAAACUCACGAUGAAACCGCUGUCCUCUGGCUGGAUGAAAUUCAGGGAGGGAUCCAUCAGUCAAACAGAGAUACAGAGGAAGCCCAAAGGUUUUCCUUAGGCAUUCUGGCCAUAAACGAGGCAGUGGCUGAGGGCAGCGUUGGGAGAACCCUUGGUGCCCUGCGCUCGGCGGACGUGGGGCUGUAUGGCGUGACGCCAGAAUGUGCAGACACAUACCAGCAGGAACUGGCAGAAGCUAAGAGAACGAAACUGGCCCUAGGGGACAACGGCAGCGAGUGGGUGAAGCACUGGGUGAAGGGUGGCUACCAUUACUACCAUAACCUCCAGACCAAAGAGGGAGACUGGGAGGAGCCUCGGGGAUUUCUCCAGAACAACACCCAGCUUUCCCGGGAGGACAUCCAGAGUGCCAUCUCUGCCGUCACGGCUGCCUACAACCGAGAGCAGCUGUGGGUGGCCAACGAGAGCCUCAUCACCCGGCUCCAGGCCCAUUGCCGUGGCUUCCUUGUCCGGCAGGAGUUCAGCGCCAGGAUGCGCUUCUUGAAGAAGCAAGUGCCUGCCAUCACUUGCAUCCAGUCACAGUGGCGUGGCUACAAACAGCGGAAAGAAUAUCAGGAUCGCUUGAAGUACCUGCGGGCGCACAAGGAUGAGGCCGUGAAGAUUCAAGCAAUGGCCAGGAUGUAUCAGGCCCGAAAACGCUACAGAGAUCGCCUGCAGUACUUCCAGGACCACAUCGAUGACGUUGUGAAAAUCCAGGCUUUUAUCCGUGCCAAUAAAGCUCGUGACGACUACAAAACCCUCAUCAGCGCUGAAGACCCACCGAUGGCAGUGGUGCGGAAGUUUGUGCACCUGCUGGAUCAGAGCGACCAGGACUUCCAGGAGGAGCUGGACCUGAUGAAGCUGAGGGAGGAGGUGGUGACCUUGCUGCGGUCCAACCAGCAGCUGGAGAACGACCUCAACCUGAUGGACAUCAAGAUUGGGCUCCUGGUGCAGAACAAGAUCACGCUCCAGGAUGUUGUGUCUCACAGCAAAAAGCUUACCAAGAAGAACAAAGAGCAGCUGUCAGACAUGAUGAUGCUGAACAAGCAGAGGGGCGGCUUGAAAGCUCUGAGCAAAGAGAAGAGGGAGAAGCUGGAGGCCUACCAGCACCUCUUCUACCUGCUGCAGACGAACCCAACGUACCUGGCUAAGCUGAUCUUCCAAAUGCCGCAGAACAAAUCCACCAAGUUCAUGGACUCUGUGAUCUUCACACUCUACAACUAUGCAUCGAACCAGAGAGAAGAAUACCUGCUUCUGCGCCUCUUCCAGACCGCACUGCAGGAAGAGAUCAAGUCAAAGGUGGACCAGCUGCAUGAGAUUGUGACUGGAAACCCCACCGUGAUCAAAAUGGUGGUGAGCUUCAACCGUGGCGCUCGCGGGCAGAACGCCUUGAGGCAGAUCCUGGCACCCGUUGUGAAGGAGAUCAUGGAGGACAAGUCCCUCAAUAUCAAGACUGAUCCCGUGGACAUAUACAAGUCAUGGGUCAACCAGAUGGAGUCGCAGACGGGAGAGGCCAGCAAGCUGCCUUACGAUGUUACGCCUGAGCAAGCCCUUGCCCACGAGGAGGUGAAGACCCGCCUGGACGCCUCCAUCAAGAACAUGCGGACUGUGACUGACAAAUUCCUGCUGGCCAUCAUUGGCUCCCUGGAAAAAGUCCCUUAUGGAAUGCGCUUCAUUGCCAAAGUCCUGAAGGAUUCGUUGCACGAAAAGUUUCCCGAUGCGAGCGAGGAUGAGUUGCUGAAGAUUGUAGGCAACCUCCUGUACUAUCGAUACAUGAACCCAGCCAUUGUGGCUCCAGAUGCCUUCGACAUCAUUGAUUUGUCAGCAGGAGGACAACUGACCACUGACCAACGGCGAAACCUCGGCUCCAUUGCAAAAAUGUUGCAGCACGCGGCGUCAAACAAGAUGUUCCUGGGUGACAAUGCCCAUCUUGGUAUCAUUAAUGAGUAUCUGUCUCAGUCCUAUCAGAAAUUCAGGCGCUUCUUCCAGGCUGCCUGCGAGGUGCCAGAACUGCAAGAUAAGUUCAAUGUUGAUGAGUAUUCUGACCUGGUGACCCUGACAAAGCCUGUGAUUUAUAUUUCCAUUGGAGAAAUCAUCAACACACACACACUGCUUUUGGACCAUCAAGAUGCCAUUGCGCCCGAGCACAACGACCCCAUUCAUGAACUCCUGGAUGACUUAGGGGAUGUUCCCACCAUCGAAUCUCUGAUAGGAGAGGCAUCCGGAAGCAUCAAUGAUCCAGGGAAGGAGAUGCUGGCCAAAACAGAGGUUUCCCUCACGCUGACCAAUAAAUUUGAUGUUCCUGGGGAUGAGAACGCUGAGAUGGAUGCCAAGGCGAUUCUGCUGAACACCAAGCAUUUAAUUGUGGAUGUGAUCCGCUUCCAGCCAGGAGAGACGCUGACCGAGAUCCUGGAGACUGCAGCCACCGCUGAGCAGGAGGCUGAGCACCAGAGGGCCAUGCAGAGGAGAGCCAUCCGAGAUGCCAGGACCCCCGACAAGAUGAAGACCCCUCAGCUGCUCAAGGAGGACAGCAACCUGAGCCUGCAAGAGAAGAAAGGAAAGAUCCAGUCAGGGCUGAAGAAGCUAACGGAGCUGGGCAUGGCGAAGCCAGAAAACAAAUACCAGGACUUGAUCAAUGAUGUUGCAAAGGACAUCCGGAACCAGCGACGGUAUCGCCAGCGGAGGAAGGCAGAACUGGUGAAGCUGCAGCAGACACACAACGCGCUCAAUUCCAAGGCUACGUUUUAUGGGGAGCAAGUGGAUUACUACAAGAGCUACAUCAAAACCUGUCUGGACAACCUGGCCAGCAAGGGCAAAGUCUCCAAAAAGCCACGUGAGAUGAAGGGCAAGAAAAGCAAGAAGAUUUCCCUGAAGUACACAGCAGCACGGCUCCAUGAAAAGGGGGUCCUCCUGGAGAUUGAAGAUCUGCAGGCCAACCAGUUUAAAAAUGUAAUAUUUGAAAUUGGUCCAACUGAAGAAGUGGGAGACUUUGAAGUAAAAGCAAAGUUCAUGGGGGUUCAGAUGGAAACGUUCAUGUUGCAUUACCAGGAUCUGCUGCAGCUCCAGUACGAAGGUGUGGCCGUCAUGAAGCUGUUUGACCGGGCAAAAGUGAAUGUCAACCUUCUCAUUUUCCUCUUGAACAAGAAGUUCUAUGGGAAGUAGCUCUGCUCCCGCUGCACUUUCUCCUCUGAGCUUUUCGCCCAGAGGAGCCCCAGCUCAGCCAAGGCGCACUCUUCGCAUGGCGCAGUUGCUCCCCGCCCUCGCAUUUUUCUGCGCCAGCAUUUCUGUAUUGUUUCCCAUGUACUCAGCCAAUGGUACCACAGAUUAAAAUGUUAUUAGUCUA